UGAGCUGUUGAUCCGUGUACAGGUUGUACGUAAUUUUAACGUAAUUCUACAAAGGACGCACGUAGCUCGUAUUAUUUGCUUACAUUAAUAUUUAUAAUUUUUUUAUUUGAUCUUGUUCUUCUUGAAGUCAGUGAAUAGUGAAUGUUAAAAAUGGUAUCCGGUGGAAUGGCUUGCGUCAAAUACCUGACAUUUCUUUUCAACCUGAUAUUCGCAAUCACAGGAAUUGUAUUUAUCGCAGUUGGUACUGUGAUCUUGGUGGUUUACAGUGGCUAUAAUAAUUUUAUGGAUAGUUGGUUCUUUGCAGCACCAUUAUUGAUGAUUGUAGUAGGUGCAAUUGUGUUUAUUGUAUCAUUUUUUGGAUGUUGUGGUGCUAUCAAAGAGAAUCAUUGUAUGAUAAUAACGUUUUCCGUUUUGCUCCUUCUAAUUUUUGCACUUGAACUUGGUGCUGGAAUUGCUGGAUAUAUGAUGCGUGGAGAAGUACGCACAAUGGUGGAAAAUCGAUUAAAUAGCACUAUGAAAGAAUAUUUAACUAACAGUGAUGUUCGUAAAUCUUGGGAUAUUAUGCAUCAUGAUCUACAGUGUUGCGGAAUGAUUGAGUCAACUGAUUGCUCUUGUUGUAAAGCAGUACCAGAAGGAAAUAAAUGUGACUGAAAUUCAAUUCAUAUAUAUACAAAUGGUUGUAUGAACAACCUUCAGUCUGCUAUUGAACAUAAUGCUUUAAUUUUGGGUGGAGUAGGCAUUGGUAUUGCUAUUAUUCAGUUAAUUGGGGUAAUCUUUGCAUGCUGUUUGGCACGUUCAAUUCGUCGCGAGUAUGUAACUGUCGAGACUGCAGCGCACUGAUUCAACACCCAAUAGGAGGCAUUAUAACUAAAUAUUGUUCGUCGUGCAUUCAUUAAGAAAAUAAUUCUAGAGUCGUCGCAAGACCAUUUAUUUAGAACUUGGUUGUAGACUAACAUUCAUCUGCAGUCUAGCUUAAGAAGAAAGCAAAUUAUUGGAGAAUAUAAUUCAAUACACUGUCAUUAUCUGCCAAAUAGUUGAAACCAAAUAUCUCUUUCUUAGACUGCGCUGUAUGUGGAAUUAAAGCUUAUGGCAUAAGAAUGUUUGAAAAGAGUUUGGAAGGUCGUUAUAUAUAUUUGGCUUGAUGUUUAUCAUGAAAAAGAGACUC